AUGAGCCUCUACGGUGCUCGUGGCGGCUCUUUCAUGGCAGCGGGCCCCAACGGCGGCUUCGUUGCGGGAUCACGCGGGGCCUUUGUCGGUGGCGGCGUGGGCGGUGGCGCGAUGGGCAGCGGGGUCUACCCCGGGAUGGGCUAUGCCGGUGGGGGCGUGUAUCCUGGGACGGGGUAUGCUGGCGGUGGGGAAGGCUGCUGCGGAGGUGUGGGCUGUGGCAACAGCUGCGGCGCGGACGGGUGCGGGGUGGGCGUGGCGCCCGCGUGCGGCGACGCGUGCUGCGGGGUCGCGGGCGCCAGCUGCGGGGGCAUAGCCGGAACGACGAUGUCGUAUGUGGGCGCAGGCGGCGACUACAUCGCCACCACCACCUACCAGUACGUGGGCCAGGGCGCGGGCACCUUCACCGUGGUGCCGAUCCCCGCGGCUGGGUGCAGCGUCUGGUGGCUGUGCUGCCUCUGGUGGCUGGCGCUGCUCCCCUUCCUCUUCCUCGCGGGGACCACCACGACCACCACAACAACGCCCCCCAUCAUCAUCAGCACCCCGCCUCCAGAGACCCCGCCGCCCAUCGUGAACCCCACGCCGGCGCCCCCCGGGCCAGGGCCCGCGAAGCAUUGCAAGAUCUUCGGCGACCCGCACGUGAUCACGUUUGAUGGGCAGUCAGCGAGCUUCUACUCCCAGGGCGAGUACUGGACCGUGAAGAGCACCACCGUCUGGAUCCAGGGCCGCUACAUGCCGACUCCAGUGACCAACGGCCUCUCCGUCAUGAAGGAGGUCGCGAUCGGCGGCCCCUUCCUGGAGAGCAAGGACGGCAAGAAGAACAUCCUCCGCAUCUCCUCUCUCAGUGCGACCUUCAACGACGUCCCCAUCAUCACUGGCUUCCCGGACGCCUGGGAGAACCAGGAUCCGAUGAUCAAGGUAGUCUCCGACGGCAACGGGCAGGUGAUGCAGUCGAGCCGCUACGGCAAGCAGCUGCGCGUCGUGCACGUGGACCUGCCGCUGGGCGUCCACCUGGAGAUCAAUCGCUGGAACGAGCCAGGCGAGGGCGACUACAUCAACACGAUGAUCACCAUGAGCAAGCAGCCAAACCAGGAUGGGCACUGUGGAAACUUCAAUGGUGUGACCGAGGACGACACCCGGCCGCAGAUCCGUGCCCGCAUCGGCACCACGGGUGUCCCGCAAGAGGAAUUGCUUUUCCACACCAAGACCCCCGUGACGCCCGCGAACCGGCCGGACCUGAACAACUGCCCCACCGACAAGACCGAGAACGCCAGGCAGAUUUGCACGGGGAAGUCCAAGACCGGCAUGCCCAACCAUGACUGCAUGGUGGACGUGUGUUUCGGCGGAGCGCACUUCGCGGAUAUGACCGACUACGACUAG